AUGGUUGUUUGUGAAGAUGGUGAAGACAUGCUAGCUGAAGUUGAUCGAAUGGAAGUUAUCGAUAUGAAGAGAUUAAUGGGUAUGAAUUUUUUGGCUCAUUUUUUGCUUGAUAUAUUGUUGCUGAGGGGUGUGUUAGAGCCUUUUGAUAGAGGAUGGGAGACCUUUGAUGUAGAUAUUGCUUCUACUUGCUCAAAGAUUCGAAGUGGGAGUAGAACUGUGUUUGAAAAAAUGGUCCGCAGGCCUCUGUCCUUGGGCGAGGCAUCACUUCUUGGAGCUUUUGGACAACUGGAUGAUGGUCGAGCAAUAACGCUUGGAGAGAUAAUCAAUUCAAGUGAAGCAAGGCAUGGUCAAGGAAUUCCAACGACUCGUGCCCUGUAUCUUGUCACAAUAGGAAAAUAUGUGACAAGAGACAUUUUUUAUGGUGACAAUCUAAAAGAAAAACCUCGAGCAAUUGUUUGCAGAGUUGCUCAAUCCUUCAUAAUCUUUGGAUUAUACCAAAUACAUACCUCUAGAAGGAAAAGGGAACUUGGCAUCAUUCGCGCCUUGGCUGACUAUGUAAUCAGGCACCAUUUUCCUCGUAUAGAAAACAUGAAUAGAAGUGAGAGUUUAUCCUUCGGCAAACACCACGAGGGUCAUUCUGUUGUGGAUCUAACAUCAAACACGUAUGCAACUUGGGCAGUGGAGGUUCCUGAGCGUACUGCUACCUUGAGUGCGAGUUGGCAGGGGGUUGGUUUUACACAUGGUGUACUAAAUACUGACAAUAUGAGUAUUUGGGGUCUCAGCAUUGAUUAUGGUUCUUUUGGAUUUUUGGAUGCUUUUGAUCUAAGUUACACACCGAAUACAACAGAUCUUCCUGGUAGAAGAUACUAUUUUGCAAAUCAGCUUGAUAUGGGACUAUAG